AUGUCAGCAGCUUUAAAAACAUUAGGAAGAUCCGCACCGUUACUCAGGAACUUAUUUCCAAAAACAGGAGAAUUAUACAAGCCAGUUAGAACUGUGCUUGACUUUAAGAACAAACCAGAGGAAUGUUUAUCCAAUAUCUUAACAAGAUCAGAUAAAGAUAUGGGAGGGUAUUCCACGGUUAAUUUCGAUAUUGAUCCACAAGAGAAUGUUGGUCAUUUCCAUGGAUAUUUAAGUUUAGAUUUACCUAAAAAUAAACCAGAAGUUACAAGAUCGGGUUAUGCUAUGUUUAGAACAAGAGAUUUACCUGAAUCUUGGUUUAAUGGACAACAAUAUUGGGAUUGGGGAUAUUAUACUGCAUUAGCGUUGAGAGUUAAAGGUGAUAGAAGAAAAUAUUUGGUUAAUAUCCAAACUAAUACUCCAUUGGUUACAGAUUUAUUCCAACAUCGAUUAUUCUUGAAUACUCCAGGUCAAUGGGAGACAGUGGUGAUUCCAUUACAGGAUUUUGUCAUGACUAAUUAUGGUACAAUUCAAGAUGGUAGUGAGAUUAAUAAAGAUGAAGUUAAAACUGUAGGAAUUGGGUUAUUAGAUAAGCAAUAUGGACCAUAUUCAUUAAAAAUUGAUUGGAUUAAAGUGAUGACUGAUGUUGAAGCUGCUAAAGUGACUAAACAAGCAAGAACAGAAUCAUUAUCGACAAGAUCAAAGUUUGAUGAAGAACAAGAAUGUUAUCAACUUCAAGAUGAAUCCGAAAAUGCAACACCAGCUGACAGAACUGGUGCAGCAAUCUCUGUUCGUCCAAAGUACAUGAAACUUUAA